CGAAUCGCGAUUAAUAAAGUAUUUGGAAUAUUUAGUCGGUUACAGUAAAUAGGAUGUUUUGUAGUCCAUUGUCCAAGCAAACUUCUAUUGAAUUGGAAAGGACAAUCAUUUGAUGUCUAUUCAAUCCAUGGAAGAAACUUAUGUGAAAAAUUGCACAGAAGUAGAAGCCGAGGAAUAUUUAAGGUACAUGAAUCAAAGAGAUGAAAAUAGAAAGAAAUGUAAUGCAAAUAUGACAGAAGAAUUAGAAGACAGUCUGCAAAGUCUUUAUGUAGAAGAUCUGGCUAAAGUCUAUCAAGAAUGCAGUUUUACUUACAAUCCAAAAUCUAAUGAUUUAUCUAUUCUGUCUAUGAAGGAUAAGAUAAUCUCAAUAAUUGAGACGAAUUCGGUAGUCAUCAUUCAAGGGCCAACUGGCUGUGGAAAGACCACUCAGAUUCCACAAUUCAUUCUUGAUGCUAAUAUUAAGAAGAGACUCAAUUGCAAUAUUAUAGUUACGCAACCAAGACGAAUUGCUGCUAUAAGUAUUGCCAAAAGAGUGAGUCAAGAAGGAAAUUGGCGUCUUGGUAGCCUUGUAGGCUAUCAGGUGGGUAUGCAAAAGGAAAUCUCGCACGAAACCCGUCUAACUUAUUGCACCACUGAAAUUCUUCUUCAAUAUCUGAUUCACAAUAAACACAUGUUAGACUAUACUCAUGUUAUAUUAGACGAAAUUCAUGAACGUGAUCAAAAUUUGGAUUUUCUUCUACUAGUUGUUAAAAGAUUAUUGCAAACAAAUUCUGGACAAGUCAAAGUUAUUCUCAUGUCAGCAACAAUUAAUGUAAUAAAAUUUGCGAAAUAUUUUUCUUCAAUAGUAGAAAAUGAAUUAAUCCCGGCGCCAAUUCUCAAGAUUCCUCGGAAAAAAAACUUUGAGUUUCGUACAUAUUAUUUGGAUGAGAUCAAGAAUUUAGGAAAUAUACCAGAAGUAUCUGUCAUGGAACCAAAAGUCACUCAAGAGAUGCUCAAUUUUUGCUCACUUAUUAUCAACGCUCUAGAUGAAAUUGAUAUAAAUGAUAACGAAAAAGAUUUAAAUUUACCUCAGAGACAUGCCGUUCUCAUAUUUUUACCAGGAAUUUAUGAAAUUGAGGAAUUAUAUAAUUACUUGUCGUCAACUUAUCAUCAGAAUAAAUUAUGGGAUCUAACGAUUUUGCAUUCAUUAGUUUCUGACGAUCACGAGCAGCAUCGUGUUUUUCAAAAACCAUUGGAAGGUUAUAGACGCAUUAUACUUUCCACAAAUAUUGCUGAAAGCAGUAUUACUGUACCAGAUGUAAAAUAUGUGAUAGAUUUUUGUCUUACAAAACUGCUGACAUUUGAUCCUGCCACUCAUUAUCAAAGUUUGCAACUAUGUUGGGCGAGUAAAACAAAUUGUAUACAACGAGCUGGUCGCACGGGCCGUGUAAUGGAUGGCAGAGUGUAUAGAUUAAUACCAAAAGCAUUUUAUGAUAAUAUUUUGGAUGAUUACUGCGUACCAGAAAUACUUCGUGCCCCACUUGCCAAUGUUGUCCUCCGAGCCAAAAUCCUUGAUCUCGAUGAACCACGUGUUCUUCUUUCACAUUCUCUUGAUCCACCUACUCUCUCCAAUUUGGCAAAUACCAUUUUGAGUUUAAAAGAAGUCGGAGCCUUGAUAGACGAAGGGAACUCUUUUCAAAUGUUUGAUGGAAGUUUAACCGAUCUCGGCAGAGUAAUGGCGAUUCUUCCGCUCGAUAUUCGAAUUUCGAAAUUGAUUAUAUUGGGACAUGUUUUCGGAGUCCUACGAGAUGCUAUUAUUCUGGGAGCCAGCAUGACUAUUAAAGAUGUCUUCUCUUUGGAGCAAUGUCAUCCCACUGUUUCCUCUUAUACGACUCGAAAAAAAUGGGCCUACGGUUCUGAUAGUGACUGCAUUGCCACUUUAAAUGUUUACAAGAUGUGGCAGAAUGAAAAAGCAAAUCGGCGGAUAAAUUCUUAUCAAGCCGAGAGACAAUGGGCCCAGAGAAAUGGAUUCCAGGCAAGAGCUUUGCGUGAAUUAGAUGCUUUGGUGACCGAAAUCACCAUUAGAUUGCAGAGGUUUGGAAUUAAAGAGAGUAUAGGAGUAAAUAAAGUCAUCUGGCAAGGUGCAGAUCGUGAUUUUGUGCUUCAAAUUAUUCUUGCUGGAGCUUUCUACCCCAAUUAUUUUAUUAAACGUUUACAAAAUCGAGAAGUUUAUAAAGAAAAUGUUACAAUGACCUUGGGUUCUUUGGAUCCUAUGAAAACAAUUUAUUUAAGAGGUUGGCCAAUGAAACAGCCUGGAUAUUUGUAUGCCAAAAGAUUUCAGGAAGUUUUUGCCAAACAUCAAGGAAUUCUAGAAAAGCAAAUAGAAGUAUCUUUUGAUGGAUCGCAACGUGUUUAUGUGCAUUUUCGCGAAAGGGAAACUGCUGACGAUAGUCUUCAAAAUAUAUCAGAGUUUGUUUAUCAGAUCAUUAGCCCUGGAUCUUUCUGGGCAACUAUUGAUGAUGAUACUACUCGUAGUGAAUUACGAGUUAUACAAGAAAUACUCAAUAAACGCCCCUUGAAAAAAUUGCUCUCUAUCCCAAAAAUCUCGACCAUAAUCGCUGCUCCCGUAGAAGAGAAUGAUUCUUUGGUUUACCAUCGUGCUAUAAUUAAAGAAUAUAUUUCAGAAAUCGGAGAACUGGUCGAUGUUUUGUUUAUCGAUUACGGUCGUUUCUCUAGAAUACGAUUUAGUGAUCUAAGAAAAAUUGAUAGUACUACAAUUUUAGCAAUUCCUCCUUUAGCAUUUCGUUGUAAUUUGACUUUUUUGCGACCUUCGAAUCAACACAAUCUUCAUGGUCAAUGGUCGGAAAGAUCGAAAAAUUAUUUUUUGACACAAAUUAAGAAAACCAAGAAGAUAUUGGGAAAAAUUUAUUCGAUUGUUGAUAGCGUUAUUAAUUUAGAAUUGAUCGUUGUUAAUGAGAAAGAGGAGAGCUUUAAUGUUAAUGAAGCUUUAAUUGAGAAAGGAUAUGCUAUAAAGAGAGAAGAAAGCUAUGUGUCACAGCAGAAUCACGAAUUAAGGGCAAAUAUUAGUGCAAUGUCGAUAGAAGAGAAACAGUUUUACGAAGAGAAACAAUAUGACAAACAUGAAUUAAUGGAAUAUCCUAAACCACCUAAAGAAGAAGAUUGCACCUCCAGCGUAAAUCUCCAAGGUCCAUUUUCUCCCUUAGAAAUGGAAUUGAUUCAGUUGACAUUAGGUGGAAGAUUGAAAAAGAUAAAUGUAGAUAUGAAGUCUGUCAAUUCUGUCCUCUUGGAUGAUGAUCUUAAUCAAUCAAGACGUCUUUUAAUUGCUCAAAGCACUACACAGUCGAAUAAAAAUUCUCUAACAUUGAGAAAUACUACUUUCUUGCCAAAUAUUCCUGGACUCGCGGCACUGCUCACGCUGAGUUUUGCACCGCGUAUGGAAUUGAGAUGUAAUUCUCGGAGGACUUAUUAUACAGGGGCUUUAUGCGGUUUGGGUCCGAAGGAUAAUUUCACUAAUCGGGCUAUAUUUCCCGAUCAUGACAUAGAAAUUCAAUUUGACGUUGAAAUCACGAUAGAUGAUGUGAAAGAGAUAAAUAAAUUACGUCAUUGGAUGAAUACUGCAAUGCAACUAGAUAACUCCAGUGAUGAAGAUAUUAUACUUUAUCAAAAUAAAAUCAAACACAUUUUACUUGAACUAAAAGAGAAACAAAGACAAUCACGAAAUCCAGAAGAUGACGAGAUCGAUCAGCUUAAUGAUAAGUGGAAUCGCUAUAACGGACCACAUUUUUUGCCAUCCGUUCGAGAAAAUGUGAGAAGAGGCGAUGUAUAUCCGUUACAUAAAGCAUUAGAAUUACGUGAAACAAAUGAACAGAUGGAGGAAAUGCUGAAGCAUCUUUCACAAUUACAGAGUCUUGCCUAUGAAGAUGCAAGUGUAGUGAGAAACGUGGCUGCUUUUUGUAAAUUAUGUGGAACGGAAACGUUUGGCCUAUUACAGCUACGCAAUCAUCUUUAUUCAGAGCAACAUGCAGAGAAUGAAAAACUGUUGCACCGUCAAUUACAUGAAGAGAUUGCAAUAUAA